GACGCACCCUGCGCAGGACAGGAACGCACAAACGCUCCGACGCCAGCCAGAUCAACAACAACGUGCAACGCAAGAAGGGUGUGUGCGUGUGUGCGUGUGUGCGUGUGUGCGUGCGUGUGUGCGUGUGUGCGUGUGUUCCUCCUCCCCGACUUGCUGACUUGCUCGCUCUUGCCUUGCUUGGUACCGACACAAAAAGCAAAAAAGAGGUGCCAUCGUGCUUGCUUCGUACUUGUUGUGCCAACAGCGGCCACCACAGCGCGCACGCACGUGAUUGACUCCGUACCCGCGCCAGUGCAGCAGCAGCUGGUGUUCAGAGAAGACGAGGCACACGCGAUCACAGAACACGCCCUUCCCAAUCGCUCGCAACACCGCACCGCCACACACCACACACCGUGUACUUCUUUCUUGGUCUUUUCUUCUUCCUCCUGCGGCCUGCUCUUCUUGAUCUUCAGCGGCACCAGCAAUGAAGGCGACACGUGGGCCGGUUGUGCCUCAGGCGCGGAGCAACCGCAGCAGCGAGAGCAACGAUGCUACCGCCCCAACAAAGGCGCAGCAGCAAAUGACACAGGAGGAGUUUGAGCCAACACCCUUCUGGGUCGCGUUUGCCACGUACUUCAGCUAUGUGAUGCUCUUCCUGUUUGGCCUCUUGCGCGAUGCACUGCGUGCAAACAACAUCGAGGAGGUCAAGAGCGCAAAGGAACUGGACAAGCUCAAGGACUUUACGUCGCUGUACCACGGGUUUGAGUCGUUCUUCACGCGCAACAUGUACCGGCGGGUGCGGGACUGCUUCAACCGUCCCAUCUGCAGCGUCCCCGGCGCAACGCUCACGCUGGUGGAGCGCCGCACCGACGAUUACGGAUGGACUUUCACUGCCACGGGCGAGAAGAAGGAGUGCAUUAACCUCGGAUCCUACAACUACCUUGGUUUCGCAGAAAACCACGGUCCGUGUGCGGAUGCGACGAUUGAAGCCAUCAAGACGUUCGGCGUCACCGGCAGUUCCUCCCGCGCCGACCUCGGCACGACCACGCUGCACCGGCGCCUGGAGACGAGCGUCGCGCGCUUCGUUGGAAAGGAGGACGCUGUUGUCUUCGGUAUGGGAUUCGCCACAAACUCGACCAACAUGCCCGUCCUCGUCGACAAGGGCUGCCUGCUGCUGUCUGACGAGUUGAACCACGCGUCGCUUGUGCUCGGCGCGCGGCUGACGGGCGCCACCAUCAAGGUCUUCCGCCACAAUGACAUGGAGCACCUUGAAGGGCUGCUUCGCUCGUCCAUCAUCGAGGGGCAGCCCCGCACCGGCCGCGCGUGGAAGAAGAUUCUGAUUGUCGUUGAGGGCGUGUACAGCAUGGAGGGCUCGCUCGUCAACCUCCCCGAUGUCAUCCGCCUGAAGAAGAAGUACGGUGCGUAUGUGUACUUGGACGAGGCGCACAGCAUCGGCGCGCUCGGCCCAACCGGUCGUGGUGUUGUCGAGCACUUUGGCUGCGACGUGAACGACGUGGAUAUCAUGAUGGGCACGUUUACCAAGAGCUUUGGUGCCGCCGGCGGUUACAUCGCCGCAGACAAGGCCAUCAUCGACAGUCUCCGCGCCCACUCCCACAGCCAGCGGUAUGCGACGGCGAUGGCGCCGCCGGUCGCGCAGCAGAUUUUGUCGGCGCUCGCCAUCAUCAGCGGCGAAGACGGGACAACGCGAGGGCAAGAGCGGAUUCGGGCGCUUGCGCGCAACUCGGCGUACUUCCGCCAGGCCGCGCAGAAGAUGGGAUUCAUCGUCUACGGCAAUGACGCGUCCCCCAUUGUCCCCGUCCUCAUCUACCACCCGGCCAAGAACGCUGCGCUAUCUCGCAUGAUGAAAGACCGGGGCGUGGCCAUUGUUGUCGUCGGCUAUCCUGCCACGCCCAUUGUCGAAUCCCGUGCUCGCUUUUGCAUCUCUGCCGCACACACGCGCGAACAGCUCGACCAUUGCCUGCAGGCGCUCGACGAGUGUGCGGGCCUGCUUGGCCUCAAGUACUCGCUCGUGCAUCCCCCGCGAUCGUUUGCAGACGUCAAGGCCAUUGCUCACGAGGCGAGCGCACUUGUGUAACCGACCGCGCUGAUGCUGGUGCUGGUUGGUGGAGUGUGGAUGGAUUGGACAGUUGUCAGUUGACUUGGUUUUGGAUUGUGUAGUUUUGUUUACUUGUGUAGAGUGAAAGUGUGCUCUUCAUUUAUGUGCUGUGCAUGUGGACGUGUGUGUAUGUAUGUAUGCAUGUGGACGUGUGUGUAUGUGUGUGUGUGUUUGGAUGCCGACUUCUUCGGACCACCAUAAAGAAUCACCGAUUGAGACACGUUGAGAGAGAGAGAGAGUGUGUGUGUGUGAGUGUGUGUGUGUGUGUGUGUGUGUGUGUGAGUGUGUGUGUGUGUG